UUUUUAUCUUUAUAGACAAAACAACCUAAGUCCCGGACUUAGGUCGUUUUGACUGUGAAAAAUUUUUUGACGUGAGAGUAAGCGUGGUUGUGUGGACACAUAUGCCAUCUACCUUAAAUAACUGGAACUAAAUGUUCUGACACUUGUAUGCUAUCUGUUGACAAAUAUGUUCAGCUCAGUGUGAACGAAAAUGUUGUUGCAAACGUGCGUGUUGUGAAAUAAAACAAAAGUAAGUUUGCAGGAAAAUGGCGUGUUCUAGCAGUAGUUUGAAGAGUUAUUUUGAAGAAGCUAUUGACAACAAUGAUAUACGAAAGAAGGGUGUCAAAAGGACUGCUGAAUACAAAAGAAACAUUAUAAAAAUGGCUAAGGUAAAAGGUUUGGAACACAAGAACCAUGUAAACAAGCUUGUACCAGCUAGAUGCACUGGACAAGAAUGUGGUUGCAAGAAAAAGUGCUUCAGGCUAGUUUCAGAUAAUACCUUCAUUGAGGCAGUAAACCAAAUGAAUGGGUUUAAUACCAAGAAUGAGCAGGAUGUGUUUUUGCAAGGACUAAUAAUGCGUAAAGACGUUCAAAGAAGAAGGGGCAGGAAAGACGAACCUGGCAGACGAGAAGCUAUGUUUGUGUACCAUGUAAGGGACUCUGGUAAACUGGUUGCUGUGUGUAAGAAAGCAUUUUUGAGUAUUUAUUGUGUUAGUGAAUCUAGUGUCAAGCGUUUGUGCCAGCUGAUACUACUUGGAAAAUCACCAAGUGAUGAGAGGGGAAAACACAAACCAUCAAGUGCAAAAGACGCUACUAUUCUUGCGGAUAUUCAUAGCCAUAUAUCCUCCUUUCCAGUUCAUCAAACUCAUUAUGGUGAUGUUGAUAUUUAUUAUCUUAGUGGAGAACUAACAGUCAAGAAAAUGCAUGAAAUGUUUGUUGACAAGUAUGCAGACAGGAAUGUAUCAUAUCAUUACUACCACAAGUAUUUCAAGAGCCAUUUUAGUUUGAAGUUUGGUAGACCUAGUGUUGAUACUUGUGUAAUUUGUGAAGAAAAAAGUAUUAAACUGAAAAGCUGUCUAAAUGACACCGCCAAACGCGUCGCAACGGCCGAACUCCUUGUGCAUAAACGCAGGAGCAAGAAAUUCUAUUUAACAUUGAAACGUGCAUCUCAAUUGUGCAUCGAAAGAGAUGAUUUUGUUGCAUUGUCAUUUGACUACAUGCAAAACAUAUCGCUGCCAAAGAUUCCAGUGCAGGAUAUGUAUUAUCUUCGUCAGCUGACUGUUCCUGUAUUUUCAGUGCACAACCUUAAAACCAGCGAGGCCGUAUUUUACAUAUACCACGAAGGACAGGCCAAAAAGGGGCCGAACGAGAGUGAAUUGUUGACACAAUCUUAUUAUGUUGACUGA